GAAGAAAAUAUCGUGAUUUUGCGAUGAAGUCUGGAAUCUUCCUGUCCAUUUUACUGUUUCUCUUAGUGGACUAUGGACUGUGCUCCCAUGACGUAUAUUGUGCGACUGAUAACGACUGUCAUUACAUAACACAGGUUUGCCACUUGGACAGCGAACAGAAUGGCUACUGCAGUUCAAAGACCUGUGAUACCGACAACGAUUGCCAGUUUCCUUUACUCAAUUGUCAGAGCGGACGGUGCCAUCAAAAGCAAUGUACCAACGAUACUGAAUGUGGGCUUGCCAAUUCAGAAUGCUAUUUCAACAAUUGUAACUGCAAAGACGGAUAUCUAAAAGAAGGCCUUUUCUGCAAACCAGCAUUAGGAAGAAGUUGUUUACAGCGGUGGGACAGAAGCUGCAGUUUUCAGAGCGAAGAAAUCAACGGUUACUACCAAAAGGCUUACGAGUGCAAAAGUAGCCAGUGCGGUUGCAAUUCCAAAUAUUUAAGACCAGAUGGAGACUUAUGUGUUCCAUUUUGACACAGAUCCUGGUCACACUUGUGAACUAUCCGAAGACUGCGGACCUCAUUCAAACGCCACAUGUGUCAACAACGUGUGUGACUGCAAGCCGGGUUAUGUCUUAAGUGAUGGCAGGUGCAUAUGGAUUUUUGAUAUUGGCUGCAGCACAAAUGAAAACUGUCUGUACACUGGACUGGAAUGUAGACUAACGGAGUUGGGCAAUUUCUGUCGAUGCCCUGUUGGUUAUGCUGUGAGAAGCGCUCACGAUUUAACGUGUUCGAAAGUUUUGGAUAGUCGGUGCACGGACGUCCACCUUUGUGGCGAUACUGAACAAGUUAACUACUGGCGUAGUUACCACAGUAGUUAUAUUUUGUCGUCUCAAUGGGAACGAAGGCCGCAUAUUGGCUACCGUUGUAAUCUGGAGGGAACCUGUUCUUGUGGAACUGGGUUUAUUAGAUCAGUUGAUGGACUUAGAUGUCAGCAAUUAUAUGAUGGUUCAUGUACUAACAGCAGUGAUUGUCAGGGAGAUCAGAACGUCCAUACUGAAGCGCAUGUAUGUCAACGCGGGAUAUGUGCAUGCAACGAUAUGUACUAUGCUGAAAGCUACUGGUACAACACUGAAGACGGCAGUUACCAGAAUAGCUACCAUUACAUUUGUAAACCAAAAAUUGGAUCCAAGCAGUGUGAUUCCAGCGUAAAUGGUACAACAUGUCUUCAAAUUCAAGGAAGUUUGCUAACUCAUUGUGAAGUUGGUAUCGAAGAGAAUGGACAGUGCACCAGAGGUGAAAUAGCUUUUGAGUUUUGCAAAAUCAAGGGCAAAAUCUCUGGGUUUGCUGCGCAGUAUACUUACGGACGGACACAUGGAUACGGACAGACACAGGCAAAUCUAUAUGCCCCUCCCUUUUUUGUAGGGACGUAA